AUGGGCAAGAUUGCAGACAUCAAGUACUACAGGGUACCCCCACGCUGGCUCUUUGUCAAAAUCACCGACGAUGCGGGCAACGUCGGCUGGGGGGAAGCGUCUCUGAAGGGCCAUACCCAGGCGGUCGAGGGAUGUCUUGAUGCCUGGCGCGAUCAAUAUGUCGGACUGGAAGCAAAUGACAUUGAGCAGAUAUGGCAGCUUUCAUGGCGUAAAUCAUUUUACCGCGGAGGGCCGGUACUCAUGAGUGCGCUCUCCGGAUUGGACAUUGCCCUCUGGGACCUCAAAGCCCGCAGACUCGGCGUGCCCAUCUACGAGCUCCUCGGCGGCAAACUGCGCACCAAGCUGAAAGUAUACGCAUGGAUCGGCGGCGACCGUCCCGCCGCCGUCUCCUCGGCCGCGCUCGCCCGGCAGGCCCAGGGCUUCACGGCGGUCAAGAUGAACGCGACGGCGGACCUCGGGUGGCUGGACUCGCCGUCGGCGCUGGACGGCUGCGUGGCGCGUGUGGCGGCGGUGCGCGCGCUGGGCCUCGACGUGGCCGUCGACUUCCACGGGCGCGCGCACCGGCCGAUGGCGAAGCAGCUCGCGGCGGCGCUGGCGCCGCUGCGGCCGCUGUUCAUCGAGGAGCCGCUGCUGGCGGAGCACGUCGAGGGCGUGCGCGCGCUGGCGGCGCGCACCUCGAUCCCGAUUGCGCUCGGCGAGCGCCUGCACUCGCGCUGGGACAUGAAGCCGUUCCUCGACGCCGCCGCCGCCGGCGGGUGCGUCGACGUGCUGCAGCCCGACGUCUGCCACGUCGGCGGCAUCUCGGAGCUGCGCCGCAUCGCCGCCAUGGCCGAGGCGUACGACGUGCCGCUGGCGCCGCACUGUCCGCUCGGUCCAAUCGCCCUGGCCGCGUGUCUGCAGGUGGACGCGGCGAUGCCGAAUUUCGCCAUUCAGGAGAUGAGUCUGGGCAUACACUACAAUGUCGGGGGGUAUGACUUGCUGAGCUAUAUCAAGAACCCCGAGAUUUGGACCGUGGAAAAUGGGUUUGUGGAUUUGAUGACGGGACCGGGGCUCGGCAUCGAGGUGGACGAGGAGCGCGUCAUUGAAGCCAGCAAGAAUGCCGAGCCAUGGGUCUCGCCUGGCUUCACAGGGCCUGGAGGUGAGCUUCGCGAGUGGUAG